AUGAUUCUGAGCUCUCUGGUGGUUUUGGUCUUUGGCCUACUUGUGGGUGCCGACCAGGACGUGUACAUCGCCGGAAGCGGUGCCCUUGCGUCCGGCUGGGAGAACUGGUCCUGGUCAUCCACCAUCGACUUCGCGUCCACUUCUGGACCUGGAGGCGUCGAGGCCAUCUCCAUCACCUCCGAUGCAUACGCUGCACUCUCGUUAUAUGACGAGACUCCAUUCGCGAACAACUUUGCCGGGCUGAGGUUCGACAUCUCCGGCGCCCAGCCGGACGUGUCACUGUACCUCUCUUCAAGCGCGGACUCCGACUCGUCUCCCUCUAUUCCGUUGGCAUCCAUGAGCACUGCCGUGACCACGGACAGCUUCAUCACAAUCACUGUGGACUUCGGUAACUUGCCUGGAAGCGGAGGUGUGCUGGCCUCCGAUAGCUGGGAUCGUCUCAACUUCCAGGCCGGUGGAAAUGGCGCAACGUACUACAUCACCAACAUCGAGCUCUUGACAGAAAUCGUUGUUACCCCGAAGUUUCUCUCCGCCGAACCCCUCGCUGCCAAUGUGAUCGCAGUCACGUCGCAAGGCGCCGUUGACUUCUCUCAAGUGACCGCCACGUUGAACAACGCGACCGUCUCCCUCACGAAGACGGCUACCUACUCGCCACCCGACACUCCUGCCCAAACGAUCACCUACUUUACCCUCUCUAAGUCCCUCGCUCCUGGUUCAUUGGUCAUCUCCGCGGACGCGAACACCACGUUCUCGUACACCAUCCCGGCCCUCAAGUACGGCACCAUCAACAUCGCAAACACUAAGGCCAUCUCGGACGACAUCUAUGGCGUCAACUUCCCCACCGAUGCCAACUACAUCGAGCUCUUGGGCGUGACCAUGAGUCGAUGGGGUGGAAACGCUGUGACUGCCUACAACCCAUUCGGGCAGUUCACCAACGCCGGCAAUGACUGGUACUUCGAGAACCGUGUCGCGUCCCCACCCGAUGCCGACGCCUGGUCGGGCUGGGUUAAGGGCGCAGGAAGCAAGAGUAUGGUGACCAUCCCUGCCUUGGACUGGGUAUCGAAGGACGCGACCUCAUACUCCUAUCCUCGCACCGUAUACCCCACCCAAGCCGCGUACGAUCCAUACAACUCCGAUGCUGGAAAUGGGCAAUUCCCGAACGGCUCUUGGGUUGCACCCCCGCCGCAAACCAACGUGUACUCACCCUGGAACACGUCGCUUGCCGCUCAAUGGCUCACUGGCCUGACAAACAAGCCUGACAUCGUCACAGUUGACAACGAAAUCGAGAUCGCCGGUAGUACUCACCAGGACAUGCACCCUGAGCCCAUGGGAUACGACGAAGAGCUUCAGCGCGUAGUCAACACCGCGACCAUGGCCAAGAGUGUUCUUCCCAACGUCCAGGUUGCUGCGCCGUCUACCUGCGCCUGGUGGUUCUACUGGACCAGCUCCAUCGGGUACACGGAUAACGCCGCGCACAACAACCAAGACUUCCUUCCCUGGUUCCUGUCCCAGAUGCAGGCUGCUUCCACGAAGGCCGGCAAACGCCUGCUCGACUAUCUGGACAUCCACUACUACUACGCGCCCGACACGAGCGCGAACGAUGCCGCUGCAAAGGCCCUUCGGCUCAGGAUGACCAGGUCUCUCUGGGAUCCCGAUUACACCGACGAAUCCUGGAUCGGCACGUCCGUCCCCGCCCAAUGGAGCGAGCCGAACCCGAACGCGGUCUGGCUCAUUCCGCGCAUGCAGCAGCUCAUCGCCCAGCACUACCCCGGCACCAAGCUCUCCAUCUCCGAGUGGAGCUCCACCGCCGACACCGACAUCACGGGUGGACUCGUCACCGUCGACCAGCUCGGCAUCUACGGCCGCGAAGGCGUCGACAGCGCAACCUACUGGGUGACGCCGGACGAGAAGGGCCCGGUCGGCUUGGCGUUCUGGCUCUUCCGAGGAAACGGAACGACCUUCGGAAGCAAGAGCGUGCAGGUGAAUAUGGCCGACCGGGACGAGGACGUGCUCGGUGUGUACGCUUCGACGUCGGACGGCAAGAAGGUCACGCUCGUCCUCGUCAACAAGGACGUCAACCCCGUCAACCUCGCCAUCUCCAACAUCCCCGCGGGCACCUACUUCGUCCGCCACUUUGGUGGUGCAGCGGGUGUCGCGAAGUGGCAGACAACGAUCAAGAUCGCUGCGAACAGCAACUUGGUGGUACCUGCGUACACCGCUGUCUUCUUGCAGGAGCAGUGA